GGUUUAUUGUGUGAUGGCCGACCCUUGGUGACUCAUCCUCAUCCAGCUACCAAAACAAACACACUAAUGAGAGACUGAGCUUGUGGCAAUGAGUGCAUUUGCGAGUAAAAGUGGGAGGGCGGUGCACCCCCAGUCACCUCCCUCGGGUGCUCCUCCUGGGGGCAACACAGAACUAGCCAGCUUGUUUGAGUGCCCGGUAUGCUUUGAUUAUGUGUUGCCUCCGAUCCUUCAGUGCCAGAGUGGACAUUUAGUUUGUGCCAACUGUCGCCCAAAGCUCACAUGCUGUCCAACAUGCCGGGGGCCUUUAGGAAACAUAAGAAACUUAGCAAUGGAGAAAGUUGCAACCACGGUAAUGUUCCCUUGCAAAUACUCCUCCUCUGGGUGUUCUGCGACCCUCCUCCACACAGACAAGACGGAACAUGAAGACACCUGCGAGUUCCGUCCGUACUUGUGUCCGUGCCCCGGUGCUUCUUGUAAAUGGCAAGGAUCUCUAGAGCAGGUCAUGCCUCACCUUAUGAGCGUCCACAAAAGUAUUACCACACUGCAAGGUGAGGACAUAGUGUUCCUGGCAACGGACAUCAACUUACCUGGGGCAGUAGACUGGGUCAUGAUGCAGAGCUGCUUUGGACACCAUUUUAUGCUGGUGUUAGAGAAGCAGGAAAAAUAUGACGGCCACCAACAGUUUUUUGCUAUUGUACAACUCAUAGGCUCAAGAAAACAAGCUGAAAACUUUGCAUAUAGAUUGGAGUUGAAUGGUCCUCGGCGAAGAUUGACAUGGGAAGCCACUCCACGUUCAAUACAUGAGGGCGUCCAAUCAGCUAUCAUGAACUCUGACUGUCUCGUGUUUGACACCUCCAUUGCCCAGCUGUUUGCAGAUAACGGCAAUCUUGGCAUCAACGUCACAAUAUCCAUGUGCUGAAGAUGUUACUGCGUGUGGAUGCCUGUGAUGACAAAAAACUGCUGAUGCUGCUCAAAGGUUCUGAGGAUGUGAAGGUCGUCCUUGAGAAGUAUAAUGAAUUCAGCAUAUCCUUGUUGACAUUAGUGGAGAGUGAGAACACGCCUUAAGGCAGUCAUGAUUUUUGACACAUCUUGACUUAUUCGAGUCAGUUUUUGUUUGUGAAACGGAUGGGAACCAAUUUACUGUAUGUGUCAAAAGAUCUCCCAUUCUAGGGUUGAAGCUGCCCUUGGUGCCAUGUGAAGUCCUUCAUGUAUCAUGAUGAGAUUAACCAAGUACAAUACAAAAAAAAUCAUCUUACCUACUACAUGGGUGUAAGAACUCACAUUGUACAUAGCAUUUUCAAAGGAAUUGAGCAGAGGCAUAACAUUUUGCCAUUCAUCAUAUGCAUUGUAAGUACAUUGUAUUCAUUUUUACAUCAUUAACUUAUUUAAAGUUUGGUGAUAUUACAGUGCACCGCGUUGGUCUCACUCUGAGACACACACUCACCUGUAGACCGCACUUUAAACAAUCUCAUAAUGAGUCAGUUUGAUUUAGAGAUUAAGCUUUUUGCAUUUUGAAAUGUAAUUCUUUCUUUCUUUUACUUUUAGUUGAUUUUCCUCCACAAAGUGACUGUAGGAGUUAAGGCGGGAGGUCAAGAGUCAUCAGGAUAUUAUUACUAAAUACAUCUUUUUGUUACUCAACCUUUGAGUCUUUCUCUUACAGUAAAGGAAGUCAGUGAUUUUGGCGAGGAGUAAACCAUAUUUUUCCUGAAUACCGUCAAAGUGUGUGACAAUAUUUCUUAAAGUGAAAAAAUGCGAUAAUUCUAAUACUUUCUCUUUUUAAACGUGUCUAUAUUAUGUCGAUCGCAAAGUAAAGACGUACAUAUUUUUUUAGUUUAUGAUCUAAAUAUUCCAUGCAAAUUAAAGGAUAUUUCUUCAGUGAGGUUAAGACAUGGACUCGGUAUAUUGUGUUGGCUGUGGUAGCUGUAUACCAUAUAAUGCAACCUUGUUCCUCUUAGAUAAUAAAACACCUGAACUAGCAUGACCAUCUAUACCUGUGUGAGAAUCUCUACAGAGGGAAGUGAUAUAUAAUUCUCUUCUCUGUAUUGAAGUUUGAUAAAUGUUUUCAUGUGAGGUAAUGUAAUUUAUGACAGAACUGUAUCUAGUAUCAUCCUCUUGGUUGGGGAGAUUGGGUUGUCUGUAGCAGUGAAUCUCUGAAACCUGACUCAAAUUUCUUUUUUACUAUUCAGUUUUGAUAAGAUGGUGAUAAUAUUCUUUUAGGUUUACUCUCAGGAAGGUGGACUACAUUUGAGCAGACGUUGACCUGUGCAUGGCCUUUAGAUCAAAAAUUUUUUAGGCUUGGUAAUGGCGGUCUUCUUAAAACAAUUCAGGAGGCCUUUAUAUGUAACCCAACUGAUAUACCUACAAGGAUACUCAUAUAUUACAGUGACACACAUACACACAAGGAUAUACAUUAUACACAUAUAUCACUACAAUGGUCAAACAAGUCCAGUCCAGCCCAGAUACAAGGAGCCAGUAUACUUUAGCUUUCAUUCACAAGCCUUGGGUAACCGUGAGUGUUGGCGAGUGUAGAAUUCCUAACGCGGAACCGACAUUAAAGAAAACAACAGGUUCCUCGGGUAUCUGUACCAUUAUACCGUACCGUACGUCUUUUAUCCUUGCACGACUAUAAUGGUCUCUACCACUGGUCUUUUUUUCGCUAGGUCUUCAAAAGAAUCCUAUUGAUUGUGUUAAUGUGGAUCCCUGGAAAAGACGGUGCAUAGGUAUGGAUUAUUAUUAUUUUUUUUAGAAGAGUUAAGGUUUGUUCUUUUUGAUAUUACAGCUUACAUUCAAGUUUCCUGUGAAGGUAAACUCACAUUAAGAGUGUUGUUUAUUUUCACUUGUUUCUUUUGUUUUCUAAUGGACUGUUGGAGAUCACCCAGAGGAGAUCACUUACCCCUUACGUACGGGUUCACCUCCGAGCCGAAUAAAAUUGUCCGGCGUCAACCACAUACAAUAUUAGAAGUAGCGUCUCCGUAGUGAAGGAUUUAACUUACUCUAUUAUUCAAACUUUGAUAUUUGUAAAGAAACUAUGUAAGUAAUAACUUUUUAAAGGUUUGGUUGAGUUACUGUAAAUGUACUGUUUAUUUUUAUAUACUUUGACAUUAAUUAGAUGGUAAAGGAGAUAUCAUAACGUUCGAUUUAGUUUGUGUACUGUAGUGCCCAGUCAGAUGAUGUCCUUUAUGUUAAAAAUUAGUUUAUUUGUGAACUGUACAUUAGGGACACACUGUUGAUACAUUAUUUUAAAUGGGCAGCUUACCAUCUUCAAUAAGCCUUUGCAUUUAUUAGCUUUAGCCUUUGACUGAUUCAUUCACAGAAUCUAUCUUUGCCGUAAUUGUCAGUUUGAUUAUCUAGAUCCAGACAGAUUAUAAAAGUUUUCCAAGUAAGGGAAUAAGGUGAUUGUUUUUCUCACCAAUGUUAUAAGUCACCAAGAAAGAGUUAUCUGUUGCAUUAGUGACCAGUGGUUGAUGAGAACAAGCUGCAGGCGCAAUGGGACUCCUUUGGUAUAAGUGAGCAGGGCGGGGUUACACUGUGUAGCCCUUAGUGUGAGCUGGCCGGGGGUGUAGUGUUUAGCCCUUAGUGUGAGCUGGCCAGGGGUGCAGUGUGAGCUGGCCAGGAGUGCAGUGUGAGCUGGCCAGGAGUGCAGUGUGUAGCCCUUAGUGUGAGCAGGCCAGGUUUACAGUGUGUAGCCCUUAGUGUGAGCAGGCCGGGGGUGCAGUGAUUUAGGGGUGCGGAAGAGAGUUUUUUUUGCAGGUAAAACAAGGAGCAUUGUGUAUAUAUUAUGAAAGUGUCCUCCUAUGCAGUACAGUAUUUUAGUAAUGAUUAGCAAUGAUGAUUAUAAUCCUUCCUGUCUGUAUGUGAUGGUGUAGGCAGGGUGGUUGGUGGUGGGGUGAGUCAUGACACUUUUUGACCAAAUUUUAAAGUAUCAUCUCAGAAUAAAGUAUUCCAGAUAUUGCGCCUAACCAGAGUACAUGUACAGUCAACUACUAAAGUUCCAUGUUCGCCUCUCCCCCUCCCUCCUCUCGAACCACUAAACUCAAGAUUCAGAACUCGCGAAACCAAACAAAGCAGUCGACUGAUAGUACAUUAUUCUAUCCCAUAAAUGUUUCGGAUUCACGAGUCUGAAUCUCAUGAGCUUAUGGUUCAUGGGAGAGGCUGUGGUAGUUGCCUGUACAUGGUUUUGUUUGUAUGUUAAGGUUUUUAAAGUGUUUUAUGUAUGUUUUUUGAUCCAUGUACAAAGGUAUAAAAUUUGGUAAUUAUGUUCUGAAACCCGGUGUAUUUUAUUUUACUUUUUUUUUUGUACGUACUUUAUUGACCUCUUGGCUGAAUUCUUCUUUAUCUGUCAUGUUUUUUGUCUUUCUCUCAUUUAUCUGUUGUUCUCUCUCACUUACCUGUUCUCUCUCACUUACCUGUUGUGCACUAUACAGUAAGCACCAUUAAAAGACUAACGAGAAGGAUGAUGGGAGUGUUGACCAGGGCAGAGAAGAAACCAUUCACAGAGAAUAAUAUCAACAUUUGAAUACAGUACAUGACAUCUUAUGAACUAAUGUUUUUUUCACCCGCUGAUACUGAGGUGUGUUGAGGGAGUCAGUGUCUGGUAAAGCUUAAGAGAGCAAUACUGUACCUGUGUGUUAUCCAGGUUUACUGUAUAUCUGUUUGUCUGGUUCUUUGGCGGACUAGGGGCGGUGUGGAUAUUGCACACUGACGAUUUAGCCUUUGAUGCACAAUACGGCAUUGUGCCCGGCAGUGCUCUCUACCACCUUACACUUCCCCAGGUGGAGAAUUAAGGAACCCACACUGCAACUGCUUCAUAUGAGGAUGUCCCAUUUAGAAACUAGUCACAGGUCUUGAACAGUUUCAUCAGUUGACGUGUUCUGUAUUGACUCAUCCACUGCACCUGUUAGGCUAGCAUAAACACAUGAAAAGACACACCAUCUCCAAACAUUCAUUCAGGAAAGACCGAGUUAUUAUGCUUAAGACACACCAGGAAAUGUUAGAUUAUGCCCAGUGUGUGCUCUUGGUGGCAGAACAGAUUGAGAGUGAAGAAUACAGUAUAAGGACUCCCAUAAUAUAGUGGUAAGGGUGUUCAGGGUAAUGUGGGUAUAAGGUAAAGUUAGUUGGUAGAGCAGAGGACAAGUGUAGUGUGGUGACUCAGGUUUCUCUCUCUCUCUCUCUCUCUCUCUCUCUCUCUCUCUAGGAGGAAGAAAGAAGAGCCAAAGGUUUUGUUUGGAAACACUUUUCUUCUUAUUCAUCUUCUUAUUCUACAUCUUUCUCUUCUUCUUCUGCUGGAGAAAGUAACUUGCAUAUAUGUGAUCAUAGGUAAAAGUGAACUGAGUUAGAAAAGGAAUAGGUACAGCAGCUAAAACAACUAUCUGUGCAGGUGGGGGUCGAAAUGCUCCGAAAUUUUACGUGUGACUAGUGACAGCCCUCAUAUACCCAUAUUUAUCGUCCAUGGUCUCAUAUUGUUUUCCACAAAGUAUGCACAGAUAGUUGUUUUAGCUACUGUACCAUUGUUAUGUAAAUGAACGUGUGUGUGUGCACGUGUGUGUGUGUAGCUUUGAUUCAACAAGAGGGGUUUUAUAGUGACAAAUGUAUACAGUACUGUACAUUGAUGGAGGAUUAUAUAGGACAAUUAUUUCAAGUUCCGUUGUUUUAGAGGUUUGCAUUAUUUUUUGUCAAAAGUGAUAAGAUAUUAUAAUGCUAUCAGAUGAUGGUCCUUUAAAUUAAUUAGGUUUUAGGUUUGUGGGGUUGAUGAGAUAUGGCUGUUGUACUGUACCUGUGUAAAGAAAUGGACCUGCUUGACUAAGUAUACAUUCACUUGUAGGUGUUUGACAAGUGGCCCUAAGUUUGUUUAUGGUACCUAUGCAAAUAAACAAACAAAUCCUCAUUAUUUUUAUAUUACUAGAAAGUAAAAGUCCUCAUUACUGAAUAAAAAAAGCACUAAGAAUUAAA